AUGGAGGUGGAGGAGGAGGAAAGACGCUCUCCACGCGAUCAUGUGGAUCGGUGUGUUCCCGAGAGCUUCUUUGAUCGCGUAACGCAAGGGUUACGCGAUGAUCUCGAACAUGAGCGGAAUAGACGUCUCCAAAUGGUGGACACUGCCUCGAAGCAUCGAGCUAAGUUUUCCUUUGCUCAGCUUGAGAACGAGAGAUCUCUGACAUCUCUUCGUGACGAGCUAAGGGUAGCUCUUGGGAUUGCUGAUCGGUCUCGGGCUGAGAUAACUGCUCUUCAGACCCUUGUUGAUGCCUACCAUCGGGAGCACAAGGCUCUCUGCGAGAUGCUUGAGCGCAAGGGCGUUCUUCAUCGGAAGAAGCAGCGUACUGAUGGUACGGCUUAA